AUGACAGAGAGGCUGAGGAGAGAUAAGGGUAAGGCUAAGGUUGGGGAUGAGACUGGAAAUUUUGCUAAUUUAGUGAGAAAAAUAAAAGAAAGAGUGAGGAGCUUAGUGGAUAACAGUGAUGUGUUUAGUGAUGAGGAUGGUGAUACAGAGUCUUCUGAUUCUGAGUUGAGUGAUUUUGAGUUAGAAGUUGAUGAGGGAGAGGAGGACUUAUACUCUGAUGAUGAUGAACAAUGGUUGAAGAAAAAUUUAGACCAUAUUAACAGUGAGGUGAAAGGCAGUUUGAGGGGAGUUACUGAAGGAGGGGAUCAAAGUGAUGAUGAGGACACAGGGUUUGACAUAGAAAGAAAUCUACAGAAAAUUGAAGUGAGGGUUGAAGAGGAGGCAGCUUGUGAUUCUGAUGAGCUAAAGAGUGUGGAAGGUGAUUUAGAUGAUGAUCAGGGUAUUGUUACUUGGUUUAACCCUGAGACAGACUUUGAAAGGGCUAUCAAAUUUGUAGUUGGUCAAAGGUUCAGUGAUGUGCAAACAAUGAGAAAAGCUUUGAGACAACAUGCAAUUGAAAAUAGGUAUGAGUAUUACCUUCUUCACAAUGAUUCAAAGAGGCUAACAGCAUAUUGCAAAAGGAAAUGCAAGUGUGUGUAUAACAAGAACAGUUGUAGGAUAGUGAAGUGUACAUGUAGUAAGGGUGUUAGGUGUAGGUUCAAGUUUUAUGCAACAAGGCUUGUGAAAUCAGAGGCUUGGCAAAUUAAGACACUAAGGCUGAAGCAUAGGUGUGUUAGGAGUAAAAUGAACAACAAGGUGACAGCAGAGUUCCUUGCUGACAGGUACUUGGAGGAGUUCAGGGGCAACCCCAGAUGGAAGAUUAAACAGAUUCAGGACAGGGCCUUGAAUGACUUGGGGAUCAAAAUUACAUACUCCAAGGCUUGGUUGGCUAGAAGCAGGGCAAAGCUUAUAAUAUAUGGCUCUUCAUCAGAGCAAUACUCAAAGGUUUGGGACUAUGGGAAGGCACUGCUGAAAUGGAACCCAGGGAGUGAGUGUAAUGUGACCAGUAAUUGGGGUGGAUGGGUGCCAUCUAAAAGGGGCAUACCCUGGCAGAUCUUGGUUGCAGUUGGAAAAGAUGGCAAUAAUGCCAUCUUCCCAAUUGCUUGGGCAACUGCAGAGAUUGAGAACAAGGACAACUGGUGCUGGUUUCUAGAGAGCUUGCUCAAGGCACUUUGUGUGUAUGACCAAGGAGAUGGCUUGACUUUUAUGUCUGACAGACAGAAAGGUCUCAUAGAAGCAUUUGCAGGUGUGGCCCCCAAAGCUGAGCUCAGAUUUUGUGUGAGGCGUAUUUGGUCAAAUUUCAAACUGAAAUUUCAUGGUGCAACUUUCAAGGAAUUGUUCUGGGCUGCUGCUAGGGCAAGCACUCUGUUUGAGUUUGAAGUUGCUAUGGAAAGUAUCAAUUUUUUGGAUGAAGAAGAAUACCAGUGGCUGUCAAACAUUGACCCCCAGCACUGGUCAAGGCAUGCUUUCUCUAUAAACUGCAAGUCUAACAUGUUGUUAAACAACAUGUGUGAGACAUUUAAUGCAGUGAUUAGAGAUGCCAGAGACAAGCCUAUUCUAACUCAAAUGGAAUGGCUUAGAAGAUAUAUGAUGAAGAGGAGUAAUGACAAAUAG